AUGAAGCUUUUAUCUGAAGGACAAUUGAGGCUUUGUUUUGUUCAACCAAUUCACCUUACGUCAUGGCUGUUCGUAAUUUUUAUUCUGAAGUCUAUCUCUUCUCUAAAACCUGCCCGACUUCCAAUUUAUCAAAGGAAGCCUUUUAUAGCUGCUUGGAAUGCUCCAACAGAUCAGUGUUUGAUUAAAUAUAAUGUAAGACUGAAUUUGAAAAUGUUUCAGGUGAUUGGAAGUCCACUGGCCAAGGCUAGAGGGCAAAACGUCACUAUAUUUUAUGUCAACAGAUUGGGAUAUUACCCUUGGUAUACAUCACAGGGUGUCCCCAUUAAUGGGGGUCUCCCCCAGAACAUAAGCUUGCAAGUACAUCUGGAAAAAGCUGACCAAGACAUUAAUUAUUACAUUCCUGCUGAAGAUUUCAGUGGACUUGCUGUUAUUGACUGGGAAUAUUGGCGUCCACAGUGGGCCCGGAACUGGAACACGAAGGAUGUCUACAGACAAAAGUCAAGAGAGCUUAUUUCUGAUAUGCAAGAGAAUGUAUCAGACACUGAUAUUGAAUAUUUAGCCAAGGCAACCUUUGAAGAAAGUGCAAAGGCUUUCAUGAAAGAAACUAUAAAACUUGGAAUGAAGAGUCGGCCCAAGGGCCUUUGGGGUUAUUAUUUAUAUCCAGAUUGCCACAAUUAUAAUGUUUAUGCCCCAAAUUAUACUGGAUCUUGCCCAGAAGAGGAAGUUUUGAGGAACAAUGAGCUCUCUUGGCUCUGGAAUAGCAGUGCUGCUUUAUAUCCUUCAAUUGGUGUCAGGAAAUCCUUUGGAGACAGUGAAAAUAUUUUGAGAUUCUCAAAAUUUCGGGUGCAUGAAUCCAUGAGGAUCUCUACCAUGACAUCCCAUGAGUCUGCUCUGCCUGUAUUUGUCUAUACAAGGCUGGGGUACAGAGACGAACCUUUAGUUUUUCUUUCUAAGCAAGAUCUAGUUAGUACCAUAGGAGAAAGUGCUGCCUUGGGAGCUGCAGGCAUUGUUAUUUGGGGAGACAUGAAUUUAACUUCCUCUGAGGCCAACUGUACAAAGGUGAAGCGGUUUGUGAAUUCUGAUUUAGGGAGCUACAUACUUAAUGUGACAAGAGCCGCUGAGGUAUGCAGUCUUCACCUCUGUAAGAAUAAUGGGAGGUGCAUAAGGAAGAUGUGGAAAGCUUCCGACUACCUCCACUUGAACCCUGCAAGUUACCACAUAGAGGCCGCUGAAGAUGGGGAAUUUAUUGUGAAGGGAAGAGCAUCUCAUGGAGACCUGGCAGUGAUGGCAGAGAAAUUUUCCUGUCAUUGUUACCAGGGAUACAAAGGGGCUGAUUGUAGAGAAAUGAAGGAGGCUGCUGGCUGCUCUGUGGUUCCAUCUGUUUCUGGCUCACUAAUAACAAUAUGUCUACUAGUUUUAUCAGGUUAUUGA